UUUAUUCACACAUGUAAUCCCAAUCCCAAUCCCAAUCCAAGCCUUCUUAUAACGUCCAAGCCCCUUCUCUUCUACCUUUCGUACUCUCUCUUUCUCUCUUAUCUAUUUAUUUUUUUUAGUUUUUUUAGUUUUUUUUCCAUUCAUUCACGCGAAUUGGGAUUAGGGUUUAUCUCAAAUCUCAUUGUACAAUUUUGAAUCAGGGGUGUUAUUCUAAUUUAUUUCCCCCCCCUCCACUUUGGCAAUAAAAUAUACGUGAGAAGCAAUAAUCGGGGUGCUAUGUUCAUACUGUAAAUCUAGUCCCUCCAAGUUCGUCAUGCAAUUAAGAGUUUAUUAGGUUUAGGAUUAGGGUUUAAGAUUCGUUGUAUUUGAUUUGAAUGGACAUGGAGAGCACGCGUAGAUCGUUGGAUAGAUCGAGAGAACCGGGCGCCAAGAAGCUCCGAUUGAUCGACGAGCUCGACCGCGGUUCGAACCCCACUGCCCGACCUUUUCCUCAGCGACAACAACCGGGGUCUGGGGUGGUUACUACUACGGUGGCGUCUGCGAGGUUUCGAACAAACGACAGAAACUCCGAAAGCAGCGAUUUGGGUCGCGGUGGUGAGUACCAGCCGCAGCCACCGCCGCACCAGGAGCUUGUGAUUCAGUAUAGGACCGCGCUUGCUGAGCUCACUUUCAACUCGAAGCCGAUAAUUACCAACUUGACUAUAAUUGCUGGAGAGAACCAAUCUGCUGCCAAAGCAAUUGCUGGGACUGUUUGUGCUAACAUUCUAGAGGUUCCAAGUGAACAAAAGCUGCCCUCACUUUAUCUCUUAGACAGUAUUGUUAAGAAUAUUGGGCGGGAUUAUAUAAAAUACUUUGCUUCCAGACUACCUGAGGUAUUCUGCAAGGCAUACAGACAGGUUGAUCCUAAUGUCCAUUCAAGUAUGAGGCAUCUUUUUGGAACUUGGAAAGGAGUAUUUCCUCCUCAGACCCUUCAGAUGAUUGAGAGGGAGCUUGGCUUCACUCCUGCAGUCAAUGGUUCAGCUUCUGCUUCUGCUACACUUAGGAGUGAUUCGCAGUCACAACGCCCACCUCAUAGCAUCCAUGUGAAUCCCAAGUAUCUAGAAAGGCAGCGUCUUCAGCAGACCAGCAGGACUAAAGGAGUAGCUAAUGACAUGACUGGAGCUAUUUUAAACUCAAAUGAGGACUCAGAGAGGCCAGAAAGAGCUUUGAGUGCUGCACGACCAUGGUUGGAUCCUAGGGUUAACAUGCAGAAUAAUCAGCGCACUCAGAGAAAUGCAUUUAAUGAUUCUAUUCCAGAAAAGAGCAUUGGUGGAACCUAUGGAGGUGAUGUUGCGGAGACCACAUCUGGGCAAAGAAAUGGUUUCAGUCUCAAGCAUGGUUUUUCGAAUCAUGAAGCACCAAAGUCCAUGAAUUUGGAUGCACCUCGUCAGCCAACACAAAACUUAACUAACAUAAGGAGCAAUGUGAUGUCAAAUAACUGGAAAAAUUCUGAGGAAGAAGAGUUCACGUGGCGUGAGAUGAACUCUGGUUUGACUGAUCAUGGUGCAUCCAGUGUCUCUAACAACUUGAGCGCAGACCCAUGGAUGGCUGAUGAUGAGAAUUUGGAAGGUGAAGAUCACCUCCAGAUCACAGACCCUUUUGGGGCGAAGGCUGAUAGAGAAAUAUCCACUGUUAAGAAACAACUACCUGCAUUUGGGGGCCAUUCAUCAUUAACAUGGCAAUUGCAGAAGCAGCACUCAUUUGAUAAGUUGAAUCUGAAGCCAGGUCACCCUGAAGGAUUUGUGUCCACUCCUGAUGGCUUGCCAGGCAAUACUAAUUCUUCAACUGUCAGGAUGGGGAAUCGGUCUUUUAUGCCAAAUGCAACAAUAGGAAUGGUCAAAUUUAUGGGACAACAAUUUGACUCAGAGGGAGCCGAAUCGCCUUCUGGGCAGUCGCCUUUGCGACAACAGUCUCCAUCACUGCCAGUAACAAUGCAUCAGCAGCCUCAUUCAAUGGGAAAAUUUUCUGAGCAUGACCGUCCCCAAAUUCUUAAAACAUCUCAAUCUUUGGGAGGUAUGCAAAGCCAAUAUAUUAGAGAUCUCUCACCCACUCUUCCUCCCAAUGUUCAGGUUGGUAACUUGCGAAGAUCACAGGAAAAGGACUUGCCAGGUCCAUUAUCUUCUGUAACUUCUUUUCAGUCAGGGCUUCAGCAACAGCGGCUGGGCCCUUCUAAAACUGGAGUUACUAUUAAAACUAAGAAGCCACCCCAGUCUAAAGUUUCUUCAGCCAGAGAAACUUCAGAACAGUCAACAAGUAGUUUGUCAGCUGCAGAUGUGAAGAGUGGAAUCUUCCCCAAGAAAUCAAUUACCAGUAGUCUUCCUACUACAAGUAGUCUGGAUGCUAGGAAUCUUCCAUCUCAAUCAAGGAUUCGGCCUACUAAGUCAGGUGGACCUUCCCCUACGACAUUAAUUUCUUCAGGGUCUGCUGUUGCAUCACCAUCUUCAUUAGGUCCUUUAAAUGAUGAUUCAUCUACUCUGCCAAAAAUACCUCAAGGAAAGGCUGGACAACCACAAAGGACUUCUACUCCUGCUAAUGUGAGCAGUGCCUCGGCUCCAAGCUCAAAUGCCACCAAUAAUAAUACCUUAAAUCCAAUUGCAAAUCUUUUAAGCUCGUUAGUUGCAAAGGGUUUGAUAUCUGCAGAAACAGAGUCGGUGACUGUGGUACCAAGUGAGAUGCUGAUGCAAUCGGAAGACGAGACUGAAAGCAUUACCCCCAGCUGCUCUUUGCCAGUUGCGUCAGUUUCUGGUUCUGCAGCUGUCCCGGUACCAUCUUCAGGAGACAAGGUAGAUGAUGUUGGAAAAUCCUCUCUUGCCUUACUUCAAUCAACUAGCACAGAAGUCAGAAAUCUCAUUGGCUUUGAUUUCAAACCUGAUAUAAUCCGAGAAUUGCAUCCACCUGUAAUCAGGGGAUUAUUGGAUGAUCUCCCACAUCAUUGCACAAUUUGCGGUAUUAGGCUUAAAAAGCAAGAACAGUUCGAUAGACACUUGGAGUGGCAUGCCACAAGAGAAAGAGAACAAAAUGGUCUAAUUAGGGCAUCAAGAAGAUGGUAUGCUAAGUCAAAAGACUGGAUUGCUGGCAGGGCCGGAGAUCUGUCUGAGUUUGAGUUUACAGACUCUGUAGAUGUAUACGACGAGAAAACAGGCGGGAGUCAAUUGGAUACCAUGGUUCCAGCAGAUGAAAACCAGUGCUUGUGUGUAUUGUGUGGUGAGCUAUUUGAAGAUGUAUACUGUCAAGAAAGGGACGAGUGGAUGUUCAAAGGUGCUGUUUACCUGAACAACUCAGAUAGAAACAGUGAGAUUGAAAGUAGAAAUGUGGGUCCCAUCAUUCAUGCUAGAUGCUUAACAGAGAACUCAAUAUCCAGUGUCACGAAUACAGAACAUGAUUGAUGGUUUACCCCGAUAGCAUUGGAGCUAUGGUGUUAGUGUAGUCAAAAGCUUACUAAGGGUACCCGGGUUUACUUUGCAUCAUAAAUCUCGAUGGCCCUUUAAUACUUCAAUUCAUUGCCUCUAACUGGUCUCUAGAGCGCUCAAACAAAAUUUGUGCUCUUUUUUGUUUCUUUUUCUUGUACUCAUUGAAAAAAAAGGAAUUACUUGGUGUUCAAAAGAUAAAAAUGCGAGAUAGUUUUUUGCAGCUAAACUUUCUGGUUGACGUGGUUGUGUUGUAGCUUUAUUUUACUAUGGUGAAACGGAUUUGCGCACUUAACGCAUCUGGCAAUAAUACGAACCUAAGCACCGAGGCCAUGGAUUGGAUGAUGUUAUAUGUAUCGUUAAAAUAACGACAAUUUUGGUUUCC